AACAAAGAUAAGAAAGAGGCUCUUUUGUGUGGACUUCUUGUGUCGUCGUUUGGUUUGCUUCUAAUGAGAGUGACCAUGGGAAGGACCAACUUUGCCACAUUGAUGCUCUACGCGGCGCUAGCGUCGGCCCUCGGGGGCUAUUCGGGCGGCUCCCCAUUGCAACAGCCGACGCCGAGGCUGAUGCCGAUGCCGUUCCCGCUGCCACCGCCGCUGCCCCCUCGGCCGCUUUGCGCCUCCCAGUUCACCCUCGUGAACCACGCCUGCUCGAUGAUCAUGCCGACCCCAGCGCCCCCUCCAGCUCCCCCGUUGCCACCUCCGUCCCCGCCCGGCCCGCCCCCUCCGCCUCCCUGCCAUGACGACGAGAGCCAGGACGAGUACGGGCACCACCACCACCACCACCACCACUGCCACAGGCACAGACACCAUCACAGGCACCGGCACGGCCGGCGCGUGGGUGAGCCGUCCCCUGCGGAGCAAGACUGCUGCAAGUGGCUGAAGGAGGUGGACUCGGAGUGCGUGUGCGACUUGCUGGUCCACCUGCCCUCGUUCCUGGCCCGGCCAAUACACGAGUACACCGUGAUCGUGGCCGACUCGUGCAACGUCACUUACUCCUGCGGCGGGAGGCUCCAUCCGUGAUCGAGUGAAGAACAGAUUAGUUUAAUUAAUGCGCUUCUGGAGUUUGGAUUAGUGUCGUGCUCUGUUGUCGAUCUUGUUCUUGACAGAGAGGGUUGGGAGUCUUCUCUCUUAGUAUUGCGUCACUAGUGUAAUGACCUCCUAAUGUCACAAAUGGCUAAUCGAGCUUUAGUCUUGUUGCUAUUGGAUCUAAA